AUGUCGCAAGAUUAUUAUGGGCGAAAUUCCCGGUUUACAAGUUCUUGGAACGUUGUAAAUAAUGAUUUAUAUGAUGAUGACGACAAUCGUUAUAAUCCUUCUUAUGCAACUGAAACAUGGAGCGUACUAGGUUCUCAAGAUGUUAAAGAUGAUCAACUUUCAAGUUUACCGCAAAAUAAUCAUAGUGGUUUUAAUUAUGGAUCAUCCACAGUUUCUACAAUACAAGAAGAAAGAAAUUCUACACAACCAAUACCUGAACCAGAAUUUCUUCCAUCUAUUUCUUCUUCAACAAAAGGGUUUAUUGAAACUACCUUUAAAUACGAACAACAAAAUAUCUUCGGCAGAUCUAAUGAAUAUGAAGAUGAAUGUGAUGAUGAAUGUCCUCCUCCGUCAGAUUCAGAUAUACAAUCUUUCGACAAUAAUUCUCAAUCUAUUGUUAGCAAUAUCGUAUCAACUAAUUCGUCUUGGGACUUUGUACGGCGGUAUUCGUGUGAGUAUCAAACUUAUUGA